AUGACGUUUUCACAUCUCAACUGUCUGUCCGCAAAUGUGACGUUUGAUCCACGGUUUGUUCUUGGGUCCUGCAGCCCAGCGCUGAUUUGCAGCCACAUGCGCAAAAGCCAAAUGGGAGCCCAGCCACCCUACUGGGCCCCAGAGUGUACGCGCAAGACAGAAUGGACAGAGGCCAAAACUGUAAAAAACAGACAUUUUCUUCAGAUUCGAACCACACAAACACUUGCCCCGACCCAAAUUACCUCAUGCCCUGACGACAGAACCCGGCCCUGGGCCGUAAAACCCUCUCUUGCACCAAUCCGGAAAGUGAUACAAAUCACAGUGGUGCGGUGCUGCAGGCAAACACUGCACCGCCAUAUCGCUAAUGUACUGUGUCUUCAGUGCCCAACACCGUCAGGCUUGCUCCACCCAGCUUGCCUAUUUAGGACCUGCGUAAGCCCUGCGUUGCACACACCCUUCUUUUUUCUUUACGUCCACUGUGUGUUUGCGUAUCACCUCAUCAACGUUUAG